AACUUAGUGGCCACUCCCAACUCGACAACCACCGCCACCCCUCAGCUCGGCUGUCACCUGCCCGAGGAGACGCAGCCGCCGGACCCUGCCCAGGGCACCUACGCCUCGGCGACCACCAUGUCCCAGACCAAAACGCUGAAGGUCCGCGUGACCCUCUUCUGCAUCCUGGCAGGCAUCGUGCUGGCCAUGACAGCCGUGGUAACUGACCACUGGGCUGUGCUGAGCCCCCACAUGGAGCACCACAACACCACCUGCGAGGCGGCCCACUUCGGCCUCUGGCGGAUUUGUACCAAGCGCAUCCCCAUGGACGACAGCAAGACCUGCGGGCCCAUCACCCUGCCCGGGGCUCAGACCCUGUCAGAGUUACAAAGCAUUUCCUCACCCUGUAAUUUAAGUGUAUUCCUCGAUUUCCUACCAUGUGACCGAACCACAUGUCGAAGAUCAUUUCUAUCCAAGCAGCCAGCAGCCACACAGAGCCUGGCGUUUAUCUGGUGGGGAUUUGGCGAGCCAAAUGCUACCUGUGCGGGAGUCACCUCAGCAACCCACCGGGUGCAAACAGCCGUGCUCCAGCAAAGCACUCCGUGGCCCUCAUCUCAGGGCCCUCCGCUGGGAAGGAUUUUAACUGACGGCUUUCGAGCAGUCAGGGAGGCAGCUGACGGGUCAUUUCCUUCCUCAGCCUCAGGAGAGGCAGCAGCCCCGACUUUUGGGGGAAGGAGGGGAAUGGUACGAGACCACAGGCUUAAGGAGCAAGAAGAUGAUUUAGGUCCGAUUAAAGAAGGCCUUCAUCCCCCCAAAAAAACCUUGGCAUCACUGCAGGUACGUUUCCAGAAAGAACUAGCCAUCAACCGCCUUGCAGACCACCCGCCGCCCCAGUGCCUCCUGCCCUGUCACUCGAGGAAAGUUUCUGCUCUGGAAAGGCCUCCAGCCACUUGCCUCUCGCCUCUGCCCCCGGUGGGGACCUUGCAGCCUGAUGCUCUGGGAAGACAUGGCCACCAUGAGAGCUCCUGGACUGAGGCUGCAUGCCGGGUGUCCCUUGUGUUUGCAGAGUACAGCAUCUCGGCAGCCGCCAUCGCCAUCUUCAGCCUUGGCUUCGUCAUCCUGGGCAGCCUCUGUGUCCUCCUGUCCUUCGGGAAGAAGAGGGACUACCUGCUGCGGCCCGCGUCCAUGUUCUACGCUUUUGCAGGUCUCUGCAUCCUGGUCUCGGUAGAGGUCAUGCGGCAGUCGGUGAAGCGCAUGAUUGACAGUGAGGACACCGUCUGGAUCGAGUACUAUUACUCCUGGUCCUUCGCCUGUGCCUGUGCUGCCUUCGUCCUCCUCUUCCUUGGUGGUCUUGCCCUCCUGCUGUUCUCCCUGCCUCGAAUGCCCCGGAACCCAUGGGAGUCCUGCAUGGAUGCUGAGCCUGAGCACUAGCCCUCCUGUGGCCCUAGCAACCCUCAGGCUUCUUCUCCAGGAAACCAGGUCUCAGCCCGGAACCUUCCAGAGGGGAGGCGGGAGCAAUUUUAGCUCCACCCUGCUCCCAUCUGCCCCCUGCCACAGUCGCAGGCUGCCUCCUCUCUCUGAGCUCCUCUGGGCUGCCACAGGCUCCCCUGGGAAUAGAGCAAGAGGAUGUCAGUCUCAAUCUGGCCACAGUUGGGAAAGGCAGGGCCAGCAGGUGGACAGGUGUUUGCAAGGGCCCCACUUCCCCUGGAGCUCAGAGGUGUCCCCACUGUACCAGCCUCUGAUAAGCUGUCUCCAGUCGUCCUUUAUGAACAUUGCAGGGACAACCUGUGUUUGCCAGUUCUUGGUGUUCCGUGUAAAUAGCCAGCCCCUCCCUUUCUCAGUGAUAAAACACACCCUCUCUGGUGAGCGCAGCGUCCCCUCCUUGGCUUCCAGGAGCCCUGGGAAGCAUUUUUAACUGAGUAGAAUCUGUCUGUGGCUUGAAAUAAAAAGCUCUCAGAAAA